GUGCACACAGCAACACCAAUACACGGAUACGCUCGGCUCCGCAGGCAUCCUGCGCUCCAAAUCACUCCGCCCUGAACAGCGAGUGCCCUCUGGAGGGUGCGCACUCCGGCCCUGCGCAGCUCACACAGUGCGCGAGUGAAGUGCACAAGCCACGAUUCGGGACUGAGCCGCUGUGUGUGUGAUCCCAGCGCAUAUCACUUACCACUUGCAAGUGGAAGGAUGGCAAGCCUAAAGACAGUCAUAACUACACAGUGGGCAGUAUUUGCAUCAGUAUUUGCAGUAUUUUCAUACUUUUAUACUCUUUAAUGAAAGGUGAUACAAGGCGGAAGUCCGCGCCGUUUUUCAGCAGUCGCGUCACAUGACCAACGCCAGCGAAUCAGGAAGGUGGAUGUCACAGGGACGUUGUCCAAUGACGACGCCAGCUCGAGCUCAGCACAGCGUAUUCGCGUAUCUCAAUGUUUACACAGCACCGGACCAGAUACGAUCUAGAUUGAAUACAUGGACGCUGGCGGGUUCCCGUUUCCCGGCUUUUCCAGGUGGUUUAAUGUAAACAGACAGUGCAUCCGCGAAGAAAACGAGACAGAUACGGUCUAAUGUAAACGUAGCCAUAGACACAGACAACCAUUCACACUCACAUUCACACCUACGGUCAAUUUAGAGUCACCAGUUAACCUAACCUGCAUGUCUUUGGACUGUGGGGGAAACCGGAGCACCCGGAGGAAACCCACGUGGACACGGGGAGAACAUGCAAACUCCGCACAGAAAGGCCCUCGCUCGGCACAGGGCUCGAACCCGGACCUCCUUGCUGUGAGGCGACAGCGCUAACCACUACACUACCAUGCCGCCGGUGAUAAAUGUAUGUGUGUAUAUUCCAUCCAUCCAUUAUCUGUAGCCGCUUUAUCCUGUUCUACAGGGUCGCAGGCAAGCUGGAGCCUGUUCCAGCUGACUGUGAGUGAGAGGCGGGGUACACUCUGGACAAGUUGCCAGGCCAUCACAGGGCUGACACAUAGACAAACAACCAUUCACAUUCACACCUACGGUCAAUUUAGAGCCAUCAAGUAGCCUAACCUGCAUGCCUUUGGACUGUGGGGCAAACCGGAGCACCCAGAGGAAACCCACGCAGACAUGGGGAGAGCAUGCAAACUCCACACAGAAAGGCCCUUGCCAGCCACUGGGCUCGAACCCAGGACCUUCUUGCUGUGAGGCAACAGUGCUAACCACUACACCACCAUGCUGCUCCGUGUUUUAUUCAGGGGGCAGGAUGCUAGCCUAUGAACAACUCCGGGAUUUUGUGUUGGGAAAAUCAGAAGAUGGAAGCUUUCCCCUUUGGAAGGCUGCAGUUGGUGGCAUGGUAUCUGGUGCUCUGGGCCAAUUCUUGGCCAGCCCCACUGAUUUAGUUAAGGUACAGAUGCAAAUGGAAGGGAAAAGAAGGCUGGAAGGCAAGCCACCACGAGUACAUGGGGUUAUUCAUGCCUUUGUGAAGAUCGCAAAGGAAGGAGGGACCCGGGGCCUCUGGGCUGGUUGGGUGCCCAAUGUACAGAGAGCCGCUUUGGUCAAUCUUGGAGACCUCACAACAUAUGACACUGUGAAGCACUUUCUGCUAAGGAAUACUUCUAUAGGGGACAAUUGUCUUUGUCAUGGAUUAGCAAGCACUUGUUCUGGUUUAGUAGCAGCUAUGAUGGGAACACCAGCCGAUGUAGUUAAGACAAGAAUAAUGAACCAACCACGGGACUUGAAUGGAAGGGGGCUCCUGUACAAGUCAUCCAUAGACUGUCUGAGUCAGUCUGUUAGGGCAGAGGGAUUACUAACACUUUAUAAAGGCUUCGUACCAACCUGGUUAAGGAUGGCUCCCUGGUCUAUGACAUUUUGGCUGACUUUUGAGCAAAUCAGACAUGCUGUGGGCAUCAGUUCGUUCUGAUCAUAUAAAUCAAAAGAGCAAUAAAAAUAAGCUGAUGUUAAGGAA